GUUAUUUUUCCUACUAAGAUGCAAACCGGAUACCGAGUCCUCGCAUCAACCUUGCAAAGAAAAAAACAUUAUAGCGAAUCAGCAAAGCCAAAAGAGACCUUGUUUUUUGUUUUUGCAAGGAAGAACAGGACAAAGCAACGUAAAGUCGGGAAAAAUAAAACGAAAAAAUUUUUUUUUUACUCUAGAAAAUAAAAAGAUUGAGUUUUGACAAUACUCGAUUGUUUUCAGAAACGUUGUUCAAAUUGAAACGUUUCACUUUUUCCCCUCUUUUUUUUCUUUUUUACAAUCAUGUAAGAGGGCACACGUUAGUUCAACCUUCUUUGUCUCCCUUAAUGACGAAAACUUGAACCAACAGUAUUCCUUACCUCAACUUAAGUAGGAUUACUUUAUUAUCAAGUCAAAUUAUACUUAGUUUAUGUCCGGGGUGGAGUGCCAAGGUCUUCGUCAUGAACUGAUGAAUUCGUAAUUCAGAUGUACUUAAGCGACGGGCACUAUAUAAAAAUGAUGAAAAAACUCGGUCAACGCUCAAAAACUAAAAGACUCAAAGACUCGUCAAUUUUGUUCAGACAAAUCGUUCAUAAAUAGUUUCAAUGGGCCUUCCUUUACUUUUUCUUCUCGGAUCCUUUAAUGCUCAAGUGUAUAGUAGAUGGCAAGUUUCAAAUUCAGCGAUACAGGAAUUCAGACUCAGUAAAUUCUAUAUACGUCAUGCGUCACUUCCAUAUGAUGCAUGAACCAAUGAAAUGUGAGUUUUUGCUUUAGGUACCGAUUCGAUUAAGGUCUCGAAGGUAGCAUAGCAAACGUUCAAUAGUGUUCGUUUGGCAAACGUUAAAGAAGGAAAACGAGCUCUUGCACGUUACAGUGACGAAAGAGAGGACGUAAGCAGGUAAGGUAAGGUAAGAAAAAUGAAGACGGUAUGGUACUGUAAAUGUAAACAAUGAACGAACACGAAGGAACUUUGAAAACAAUGAACCAAUUAAUAAAAAAAAUUCUUAGAUAUGUAAGUAAAAAAGCAUUGGGAUUAUAAUGAUUUACUCGUCUUCAAUUGAAUUCUGUAUUGCUUGCUACUUCAUAAUCUGGAAAUAGUACAAUAAAUGUUUUUACUUACAUCAAUGAAUGACUUGAGCAAACGCGUUUUUUAACCAGGUUUCUUUUUGUCCGGUUUAUUCUUUUAUUAAUUGAUUUAUUUUUCUUUUAUAUAUAUGGAAGUCUUUUCUACUUCAUUUUUUUAUUUUGUCGGUUUUUUAUACUUCUCAGUUGUUUUAUUUACAAAUUACUGCAACGCGCUCUACUACUUUGAUUCUACCAGCCAUUUUUUCUCCUAGUUAGACAAAGGCUCCUUGCAGUAGUCGCUAAAAGAGGUUCAUUUUUCUUUCUUUUUACUUUACUGAAGAAGCAUCAUCACAGGUCUCUUACAUACAGAUUCGGCGUUGAACACGAUGUCCAAAAAAAACGAACUGGGGACCCUGAUUGUACGGGUUGCAAACGCGAAAAAUUUGCCCAACAAAGCCCUCGUCGGUAAACAAAGCCCUUACUGUAGCUGCCGUGUCGGAGCAAUCGUAAAACGUACUCACACAGAUAAACGGAGUGGACAAGCUCCUUCUUGGAAUGCUGUCUUGGAAUUUCCUAUACCAAGCGAAAGUUACAAUGUCAUGAAAGUGUAUGUGUACCAUGAAGGAUUCCGAAAGCACUCUCAUUUAAUUGGGGAUACCGUACUUUCGUUUCAAAAAGCUCUCCAGGAAGGUGACCAAAGCCAGUGGUACGAGUUAAAAAACGACUUUCAGUUUGCUGGCGAAAUCUCUGUUCAAUUCAAGUUUCUUCCUUCCGACCCCGAUUACUUUAAAUUUGUCAAUCCUUCGUCUACUUCUCUUCCUUUCCCCCAAUUCAGUGUAGCCACCUUGGCUUCGUUGCCUGCUUCUUCCUCCAGACCUUCCAGCUCAACUGAAAACACUCAAAGGAAGGGCAAAGCACACCACCCUCUUCCCACUCCCCCGGUCAUUAUUUCCAAGGACUAUAGCACAUUCCCAGAAGAUCGAUCGUCCCUUUCACACCAAGCAAAUGAUUUACCUUCCUUCCCAUCUCCCUCCAUGGUUGACGAAUACUAUUACUACCACGAUGACAUUCCGGAAUCCAUUGACGAGUUCCCAAAUGCCGAAUCCUCGAUAUAUCCUCAUUCCAAUCUUCCACCCAUCCCCAUCGACCAAGAGGAUUUUGAUUAUUACCACCCUCUUCCUCCUGUUCCCCCUCCGCAUGCAUCUUACCAGGACUCGUUUCCCUCCUCGUCUUACAACCACUAAAAGCCUAUUUUCUUACCUUUACUGUAACUACUAUUUAUCAAUUCUUGCAUUUCAUUAGCUCUUCGGAUUUUUCGUUUGGCUUUUUGGUUUUUUGGGUUCUUAUUCUUUUCUCUUUCAUUUUCUCACCCCCCACGAUACAAACCACAUUAGAUUUCUCUUUCUUUUUUUUAUACAUCGUUUUUUUGAUUACAUUCCUUUUGUUCAAUAACUCACCACUAGCGUUCCUUUUCUUUCUUUUCAUUAUCCUAUGUCUCUGAAACUUACAAAGCAUAGAAAAUUGCUACAAACCAAUCCUUUGUUGUUCUUUCUUACUCAUGCAUCUACACUCGCAUUAGUGAAAAUAUCACGCGUCAUCUCAAAACCAAAACAUUCAUUACUUUUACGUUUACUCUCAAAAACAAAUUCCAAAAAGGGACAUAAAUAUUUAAAAUCAUUAAACAAAGGAAAAAAAAAUACAUAAGCUUCUUUAACUCUUUUCUUUUUUUUAGUUAGACAGGGCAGUAUUCAUCUUUUUUCAAUGGCUACGCCACUCCAACAAAAAGGGGUUUUCUCUAUUUUACUUCUUUUUUGGGCCACCCAAAGGAGCACCGAUAUUUUGGCCACGCAAUUUGAUGCCCAAAGCUCGCUCCAUCUUGGUUAAAACUUGUUGGUUAGGAAUAGCACGUCCACCUUCGUAGUCGUUGACGACUUGAGGCUUUUCGUUGAUUCUUUGAGCCAAAUCCUUUUGAGCCCAACCCUUCGUUUGACGUCCCUGUUGAAGAGCUUGAGCGACAGAACGGUUGGUAGUAGAUGGAGGCUUGACCUCGUUUUCACGAUCUAUCUUCGUCAAGUGUUGUCCAGCAGGAUCUUGGGCACGAUUGCCGGUGGCAUAUUUCUUUUCAGUGCCAACGACGGCUCCGGCACGACGAGCACUAUUGAUUUGAGAUUGUGUCUUGGCAACGUGGGUGCGAGCACCAGGUCCGGCGCGACUACCAAUCUUUGUAACGUUAUCCCAGGAUUCAGACAUAAUUUAAAAGACC